AGCUGCCAAACGUCAGGACCGCGGAGAUGUCGUCGUCGUCGCCGCCGGUGGGGGCUGCCAACGCCGCCAUCUCGGCCUCGGAGAAAGUGGACGGUUUCACCCGGAAAUCGGUGCGCAAGGCGCAGCGGCAGAAGCGCUCGCAGGGCUCGUCGCAGUUCCGCAGCCAGGGCAGCCAGGCGGAGCUGCACCCCUUGCCACAGCUCAAAGUUUGCUUAAUACAAGUUCUCGUGAGGAAACUCAGAAAACCUGUUUUACACUUGGAUACUGCAGAUGCCACUUCAAAUGAACAACAAGAGCUUUUCUGCCAGAAGUUGCAGCAGUGUUGUAUACUGUUUGAUUUCAUGGACUCUGUUUCAGACUUGAAGAGCAAAGAAAUUAAAAGAGCAACACUAAAUGAACUGGUUGAGUAUGUUUCAACUAAUCGUGGUGUAAUUGUUGAAUCAGCGUAUUCUGAUAUAGUAAAAAUGAUAAGUGCUAACAUCUUCCGUACUCUUCCUCCAAGUGAUAAUCCAGAUUUUGACCCAGAAGAGGAUGAACCCACGCUUGAGGCCUCUUGGCCUCACAUACAAUUGGUAUAUGAAUUCUUCUUGAGAUUUUUGGAGAGUCCUGAUUUUCAGCCUAGCAUUGCAAAGCGAUACAUUGACCAGAAAUUUGUACAACAGCUCCUGGAGCUUUUUGAUAGUGAAGAUCCCAGAGAACGUGACUUCCUGAAGACUGUUCUGCAUCGAAUUUAUGGGAAGUUUCUUGGAUUAAGAGCAUUUAUCAGAAAACAAAUUAACAACAUUUUCCUCAGGUUUAUAUAUGAAACAGAACAUUUCAAUGGCGUUGCUGAACUUCUUGAAAUAUUAGGAAGUAUUAUCAAUGGCUUUGCAUUGCCACUGAAAGCAGAACAUAAACAAUUUCUAAUGAAGGUUCUUAUUCCUAUGCAUACUGCAAAAGGAUUGGCUUUGUUUCAUGCUCAGCUAGCAUACUGUGUUGUACAGUUUCUGGAGAAAGAUACAACAUUAACAGAACCAGUGAUCAGAGGACUGCUAAAAUUUUGGCCAAAAACAUGCAGUCAGAAAGAGGUGAUGUUUUUAGGAGAAAUUGAAGAAAUCUUAGAUGUCAUUGAACCAACACAGUUCAAAAAAAUUGAAGAGCCACUUUUUAAACAAAUAUCCAAGUGUGUAUCUAGUUCUCACUUUCAGGUUGCAGAAAGGGCAUUGUACUUCUGGAAUAAUGAAUAUAUUCUUAGUUUGAUUGAGGAGAACAUUGAUAAAAUUCUGCCAAUUAUGUUUGCCAGUUUGUACAAAAUUUCCAAAGAACACUGGAAUCCGACCAUAGUAGCACUGGUAUACAACGUGCUGAAAACCCUAAUGGAAAUGAACGGCAAGCUUUUUGAUGACCUUACUGGUUCAUACAAAGCUGAAAGACAGAGAGAGAAAAAGAAAGAAUUGGAACGUGAAGAACUGUGGAGAAAAUUAGAGGAGCUAAAGCUAAAGAAAGCUCUAGAAAAGCAGAACAGUACUUACAAUAUGCACAGUGUUCUCAGCAAUACAAGUGCCGAAUAAAAAAGCCUGCCACCCCUGCUGGAUAGGCAAUUUUGUAUACUUUUUUGAAAUAUGUAAAAACUGCAAAACAAACCUCAUCAGUAUAAUAUAAUUAAGAGGCCAAUUUUUUUUUUCUGGCAACUGUAAAUGAAAAAAAAAUAUGGACUAAACAUAGCCCUGUGCUAUAUAUAUCAUGGCCACAGUAUAUUGUAACCUUUGUCUAAUCAUUGAUUUAUUGUGUCACUUCUGAAAUUUCACAGAAAUGAAUUUUAUCAUCUAUGAUAUGAGUGAGAUAAUUAUGGGAGUGGUAGAAUUAUGACUUGAAUUAUUUUUUGAUUGUGUUGCACACAGAUAUAGUAGUCCGCUCUGUAUAUUUUCCCCUUUUGUAAUGUGCUUUUCACAUUGCUGCAGACCUUAGUUAUAUCCUAGGAAAGUGAAUACUUCCUAAAAUAAAACUAAGGUAUUAUCAUUACCUUUUCUUUUAUCUCCCAGAAAUAUGAUGGGGGGAAUUAUUUGUCCUAACCAUCCCCCCCAUUAAAGAUAUUACUGUACUCUGGAAUUUGAGCAAAACCUUAAAUCUCCAGGCUUUUUAAAGCACAAAAUAUACAUAAAAGCUGGGAAAGUAAACCAAAAUCCAGAUUGUUCUCAUGAAUAUUCUCCUUCACCUGCAGCUCCCCAGUGAUGAGCACAGACUAGCAGAGGCAGCUCAGGCCUCAGUUCAUUCCUCCUCUUCCUUUCCAAGGCGGAAGGCAGGGCCUUUCCAGUCCUUGCGGCCUGCCCUUACCCCAGGCCCCCUGACCCAGGGAUGGAGGCAUUGAGUCCCACAGUGUGGUGAUGCGGAGUGCUGGUUGUCACUGCCUGGCUUUAUUUACAGGAAAUGCAGCAGGCUUCCUUUGUAGAGUUCGGAAAAAGGUAACUUAUAUAGAGGUCUUAUAUGUUUUUACUUGGCCAAGUAUUUCUCACAUCUUUUGUUAUCAGAGUACCAUUCCAAUCUCUUAACUUGCAGUUGUGUGGAAAACUGUUUUGUAAUGAAAUAUCUUCAUUGGAGGAUUGAGCAGCAUUUAAUAAAGUCUAUGUUUGUAUUUUGCCUUA